ACGCAGCCUACUUCUACAAACAUUUGUGAAAGAAUGGGUCGCUCUCAGGAGCUCAGUGAAUUCAAGCGUGGUACCGUGAUAGGUUGCCACCUGUGCAAUAAGUCAAUCCGUGAAAUUUCCUUGCUACUAAAUAUCCCACAGUCAACUGUUAGUGGUAUUAUAACAAAGUGGAAGCAACUGGGAACAACAGCAACUCAGCCACCAAGUGAGCAGGGUCAGUGCAUGCUGAAGCGAACAGUGUGUAGAAGUCGACAAGUGUUUGCAGAGUCAAUAGCUAAAGACCUCCAAUCUUCUUGUGGCCUUCCGAUUAGCAUAACAGUGCGUAGAGAACUUCAUGGAAUGGGUUUCCAUAGC